AUGAAAGAAGAUAUUGAUUCUAUUAUGAAACGUCCUUCACAUUGGUCAAGAUCGAAAUCGUUAUUAUCUGAACUAUGUUCUCAAACAAAUCAAAAGGAUAUAUUAAUUCCUAUCGAGCCAAUACUCAAAUAUGACUUAAACAAAAUUUUCAUCUUCAUAUUAUUUCUUAGUCCACGUCAAUCGUUUCAUCUAUAUCAUAGUAAAAUUAAAAUAAAGGAAUUCGAUGAUAUUCAAGAAUGUGUUGGAUCAAUUAAAGACACCAGUUCAAGUCAUAUUUAUCUAAUUGUUUCAAUGAGCAAGUACCAAGAUAUUCGAUCUGUAAUUGAAUUUGAUUCUGUUCAUGCAGUCUAUGUUGUGACUGAUCUCGAAUCAAAUGAAUUAAUACAGACAAUGUCUAAUUAUUCGAAAUUGAGUGGUAUAUUUGUUCUUAAUGAAGAUUUACUUGAUCAACUCGUCACGGACAUUUGCUUUUAUCGUCAAAUUCAAUGCCGGUUACCGAAUAUGAAUAUUUUCAACCUCGAUUCGAAUAUUCUCAAUAAGCUUAACGAACAUCAAACAGACUUUUUAUGCUUUCAAUUAUUUAGUGGCAUCCUAUCGGAAUUACCAAUCCCAUCAACGAUAUCUGCUGAUAGUAAUACUCAAAAUGACCAUCGUCUUCUUACUGACUUCAUUGAAGCAAAUACAAAAAUCAAUAUUCUUUUCAAAGAUUUCAAUAGUUCUACAUUACAAGAUUCGACAAAAACUUUGAAAGAUAUCAAUCAACGUAUUGUAUCCUUAGCGAAAAAUAUCGAUCCAUCUUUUAAUACCGUUUAUCGAGCUCAAGUAGUAGCAAAGACAGACUUUAAAAUGUUACAGGAUAAUUCAGAUGCUCUACUGGCCAUUCAAACUUUCGUUUUAGCCUCACGUUCGUUUCAAUCUGUCGUUGAUAUUUGUCGUCGGGCAGUCGACAAUCAGCUCAAUGUAGUUCUUUUCGAGCUAAAAUUGUCCGAUGAAGCCACCAUAGUGAACCUUGAUUCAGAUACAGUUGUUUUUUCUCUUGGUACUCUAUUUCGAUUGGUUUCUACAGAAGCAGGAGCAGAUGGUGUGUGGUAUGCUCAACUAGAGUCAGCCGAUGAUGCCAUGCAAAGUAUUACUGAUCAACUUCGAUUCGAGACAGGAGGUCAACUGACAUGGUUAACAUUCGGCAAUUAUUUGACUGCUUUCAAACGAUUUGAUGCUGCAAAAAACUAUUAUGAAUAUCUUUUGCUUGUACUUCCAUCUACUGAUCGAAGUCUCUCAUCUAUCCACAACAACAUGGGCUUGAUGUAUUUAGAAAUGAAUGAUCGCACAGAAGCAUUGCAAUUCUUUAAAAAAGCAUCGGAAUUGCCGAUUAAUAAUUCGACAACACAAGUUGAAGACGAUUGUCAGUCUACUCCUCGUAUUACAUCUUCUAAAUCAUCCGCCGUCGAAAACAUUGACAUAUUAAUUAAAAUAGCAGAAAUCAGUGAUCUGCAAGGCAAUAAAAACACAGCACUUGAGUAUUACCGUCGUGCACAGAAUAUAGAACCAAAUGCAACAUUGCGCAAGUUUUAUCAAGACAAGAUCGACAAGAUUUUAUCUACAGAUGACGUUUGA